CAAGCAGCUAACUUUCAAUGAUUAUUUCAUAUUGAGCUUCUUUCUGCUUGUUAAUUAGUUUACAGUUCAGGGUGUCCCCCGCCGACUCCCCAACAACAGAUGAGCUCCAGCACGUCCCUCGUGAGGAACAGAGCUUCAGAAAAUGGAUGGAUGGACAGAAGGACAAACUUCAAUGUACCUAAUUCCUUUCGAACAUUAUAGUCCUUUGCAGUGAUCAAGGAAUGAGACAAAAUUAGUCCUAAGCAAGUCGGGGAAAGGCCACAGCCAAGCAAGGACAUCUGGAAGGACAAAGCUUGGGCGUCUUGGAAACUCUUUAGUGCCCCCCGAGCACGUUAAUGAGCUGCCGUCUGGUUCCCGGCGCCAAUCAAGCGUUUAAUUAGGCCUGCAAGUGCUCACUUGGAGGCAGCGCACACCAAACUGGAUCAAAAGGCUCAUUGGCGUGCGUCAGCGGGCCUGUGGGCCACGCCCACCGCUGCCCUUGCGCAGUGGUGGGCCUUUAAAAGGGUCACCGUGUCCAAACUAGAAAACGUCGCCGUUGCUGCGCCGGGCAAAGUCGCUCAAGAUGAAGGGGCACGUGUAUCCCGGAGGCUCCCAGCUGGCCCUCCUGUCCCUGACCCUCCUGCUACCGCCGCCCCACACCGUCACACCACCCCCCCGAUCUGAGCCGCCCUCCGUGGGGUUCCUGCGGCUGCGCUCGGCGUCCUUCGAGCUCUCCUCUUCUUCCGUGGAGCUUCCUUCUUCUUCCAUCUCUGAGGUGUGGCAGGCUUGGCCCGGAGAAGACCCGCAGAUCCUGAGGCGGGCGAGGGAGAACGGCGGCGAGGAACGCGGCAACCCAUCUGGCGAGGCCCUCACCUCCAUCCUGGGCGGGCUCUUGAGCGUCGGCCGAGAGAAAGGCGGCUUUGGCUUUCGCUUUGGCAGGAAUUCCCGGGCCCGAGGCCGCGGACCCUGACGCGGCCCGAGCGGGUCGCUAUAUGUGUCAAUACGCCACGAUUAAACGCAUCAAACGUGUCAUGUGAA